AUGGACGACGUCUUCACGGUGAACGAGGAAGCUGUGCCGCCGCCGUCCGAGGACUUUGGCGCGCCUCCGGCUGAGGGCGGGAUGGACCUUGGCGCGCCACCGGCGGACGAUUUCGCCGCGCCGCCGGCCGAGGGCGGCAUGGACUUUGGCGCGCCGCCGCCGGACGAUUUCGCCGCGCCGCCGGCCGAGGGCGGCAUGGACUUUGGCGCGCCGCCGCCGGAGGAUCUCGGCGCACCGCCCGCUGAGGGCGGCAUGGACAUGUUUGGCGCGCCGCCCCCUCCAGGGCGCCGCCCGGUGGGACGGCCUUCAGCCAUGGAAGGGGCUUUCGGUCCCCCCAGCCCGAAGGGGGGCCAUUGA